ACACAGGAAAAAAAGAAGAAGAAAGAUGAAUGUGUUGGGAGUUUUGAAAAUAAGAGUUCGUAGAGGGAUUAAUCUUGCUAUUAGGGAUUCUUUUUGUAGUGAUCCCUAUGUUGUCAUCACCAUGGGUGGUCAGAAAUCAAAGACUCGAGUUAUCAAAGAGAACUGCAAUCCUGUGUGGAAUGAGGAAUUGAGCCUUGCACUCUAUGAUCCCAACCUUCCUAUUACCUUAACAGUGUAUGAUAAAGAUACAUUCACAGCAGAUGACAAAAUGGGAAAUGCAAAUAUAGACAUAAAACCAUAUCUUGAUGCUAUAAACAUGGGAUUAGAAGGUCUCCCAGAUGGUGUGAAAGUAGAUAGGGUUCAACCAAACAGAGAAAAUUGCUUGUCUGAUGAAAGUUGCAUAUUAUGGGAAAAUGGAAAAAUGACACAAAAGAUGCUUCUUAGAUUGCAAAAUGUAGAAUGUGGUGAAAUUGAGAUUCAAAUCGAAUUGAUUAGUGCUCAUGGUAAAAGAGGCCGUCUCUACAUCUGA